CUGAAGAUGGAGUAAAGCAAGCUGAAGCUCUGGUGAGAAAUUCUGCACUAGAUCUUGCACUAUUCCAGACAGAGAAUCUGACAAUCUGCUUCUCACACACACAGCCCGUUCAAAGGGGGAUAUCUUGUCUCUCUGAAGACUCCAUCUGCACCAAAUUUGUGGAGUCCCUCAACUCAUGGAAUGACUCAGGAGCGAUUGCCUACACACUGAUGGACCUGCCUCCUAGAGCCCCAACAAAGAUGACAGUGAAAGAUGUUCGUGGUGCUUUUCCUACGGUGGACGUCCCAGACCAUGCCCAUUAUACAAUUGGAACAGUCAUUCUUAUCGUGGGGAUCACAGGAACUCUGGGUAAUUUCCUGGUCAUCUAUGCUUUCUGCAGGAGUAGGACCCUUCAGAAACCAGCCAAUAUAUUCAUCAUCAAUCUAGCUGUUAGUGACUUCCUUAUGUCCAUUACACAGUCUCCAGUAUUUUUCACCAACAGUCUCCAUAAACGUUGGAUUUUUGGUGAGAAAGGCUGUGAGCUGUAUGCCUUCUGCGGAGCUCUUUUUGGCAUUACAUCCAUGAUCACUUUGAUGGUGAUUGCCUUGGACAGAUACUUUGUCAUCACAAAACCUCUGGCUUCUGUUCGAGUGAUGUCAAAGAAGAAGGCCCUUAUAAUCCUGGUAGGCGUCUGGCUGUACUCUUUGGCUUGGAGCCUCCCACCCUUCUUUGGAUGGAGUGCCUAUGUUCCUGAAGGCCUGCUGACUUCCUGUUCCUGGGAUUACAUGACUUUCACACCAUCAGUCCGUGCCUACACAAUGCUGCUUUUCUGCUUUGUCUUCUUCAUUCCUUUGAUUGCUAUCAUAUACAGCUAUGUCUUUAUAUUUGAGGCUAUCAAGAAGGCCAACAAGUCUGUACAGACAUUUGGUUGCAAACAUGGAAACAGAGAGCUCCAGAAACAGUAUCAUAGGAUGAAGAAUGAGUGGAAGUUGGCCAAGAUUGCACUGAUCGUCAUCUUGCUUUAUGUCAUUUCCUGGUCACCAUACUCUGUUGUUGCCCUGGUAGCUUUUGCUGGGUAUUCUCAUGUACUAACACCUUUCAUGAAUUCAGUACCAGCUGUGAUUGCCAAAGCUUCUGCCAUCCAUAACCCCAUUAUUUAUGCCAUCACUCACCCUAAAUAUAGAACAGCCAUUGCAACAUAUGUACCCUGCCUUGGAUUCCUGCUGAGAGUUUCUCCUAAAGAGUCACGAUCCUUUAGCAGUUAUCCCUCCUCCAGACGAACCACCAUAACCAGCCAGUCUUCUGAUACAAGUGGGCUGCAGAAAGGAAAAAGGCGACUAUCUUCCAUCUCUGAUAGUGAAUCGGGCUGUACCGAUACAGAAACUGAUAUCACCAGUAUGAUCUCCAGACCUGCUAGCAGCCAGGUUUCCUAUGAAAUGGGGGAAGAUACAACCCAAACUAGUGACCUAGGAGGCAAACCUAAAGUGAAAAGCCAUGAUUCUGGGAUUUUCAGGAAGACAGUUGUAGAUGCAGAUGAAAUACCCAUGGUGGAAAUCAAUGACACAGAGCAUUCUGCUACAUCUACUUGCAAAACAUCUGAAAAAUGCAAUGUGGAGGAAAUUCAGAGAAGUGAGAGCCUGAGUGGUAUUGGACUAAGAGAAGGAGAGUCUCGCCAUAGAACAUCCGCAUCUCAGAUACCCAGCAUUAUAAUAACAUACAGCAACGUACAAGGAGUAGAGCUGCAUUCAGGAUACAGUGCUGGCUUCCUGCACCCAAAGAACAAAAGCCACAAGCAGAACAAGAGCUCCAACAGCUGAGUGGCACAAGACAGAAUAUCAUCCUCGCCAAUCUCUGGAAGAGCUAUUAACCAGCUGAAUCCAGAAGACUUUCCUACCUUGCUCUGAAACACUUCUACAGAAACACAACACAAGACAAGCAAGAAUAAAAUCAAGGGGAGUAGCCUGUUCAGUUUCAGAACUGACUCCAGUGGUAGACUUCUUGAUCCAAGUCACAUUGCCAUUUUAUUUCUUCUUUUUGUGGCUCAAAGAAAUUAUUUCUCACUUGGAUUUUACUCUUCUCAUGCAUAUUACACUGUUAUACGGAUCUUACCUACAAGCCUCCUUUGAUUAAUUUGAGAGAAAAGGGAAGUAUGAGAUCUGGCCUUUGUCCAAUUACUGUGGGGUAACUUCAAAGCUAUUUGGGAAAAAACUUAAAUUACUUUCUGGAGAAGCUUUCAUUAUUGAAGUUCCUCAAGCAAACGAAAACACUCUCAGUGCUCCUUUCUCUCAUUAACAAGAAGGUUUCCUCAUUUUCUUGUACAAUGCAAUUGAAAAGUAAUGCACUUGAGCGCUAAUUUGAAGUCUCAGACAUGUAUUGUUUUAUUAUUUCUGAGAUUCUAGAGGAUGAAAAAGGAAACUGCUUUUCCCUGGUGCUCCUUCUGUAGCACAAAAAUAAACAGAUAGAAUUAACUUACUAUCUGUAGAAGUCUACACCACAAGAAUGAUAAGGUAUGGUCAGUCCACAGCACCUAAAAGCAUAGAGCACGAAGAGCUAUUGAAGCAGUUCUUGCCAACAGGUUCCUCAGUAGUUCUCCCUUCAGUUGAAGGAAUAGAGGAAACCACCCAAGCCAUUCUGCCCUAAGUAAAUCAGCUCUUCCUUAUGUCAUAUCAGACAAAGCCGUAAGGCUAAACAAAUGUAACCAGAUUAUUUCUUUGAAGAAAAAAAGUUCAGUCAGUCCCAGUAGACAUGGGGCAUUGAUUACAGACAAAUUUUUGAAGCUUACUUAGAAUUGAAUUAAAAAUGGAUGUGAUAAUGACUUGAGGCAGCUAAAUGUCAGAUCACAAACAAGUGACUAUUUCAGACAAGUAAUAUACAACCAAAAGAAAAUAUUGUGAGUCCAGGGUGUUUCUACAUAAAUAAAAUCAUAGGCAUAAGAAAUGAAAAAAAUUAGAGUUUCUCCCUUUGCCUAGCACAACUGAAUAUUUUUAACAUGCAGAAAACAAUGUUAAACUGACAAUAUAUACACAACUAGCAAUAAGGAGAAAGAAGGGGGAAAACAUAUCUUCAAACAGGAAGCCUGUUCAAAGAUACUCAUCAAGCCUGCAGAAUUAUCUUCUUACUUACUGUUUUGGCCUAUAAAAUAAGAAAACAUGAAGCAUAUAAUUGUCCCCAUCUUUUGCCAGGAAAGCCAGGUGACAGUAGGGACGAAAUGCUAGUGAAUUGUUGCCUAUUUCAUACAGAUUGCAAAAUGCUGAACCCAUUAAGAAAAUAGGUCAAAGCUUACACAUGCUUUUUCUUGUGUUAAUAAGAUGCAUUUGUGUACAACAUGCCAUUAAGAGCUAGACUUUUCACUCCUGUUACAAUUUUGUUCAGAAUUAAUAUUCUUGAAGACUAUACUCUGUUCUUCUGCAUUCCCUUCCACUUUUAGAGAGUAUUAAAAGAAUACAUUGAUGGCUAGAAAAGCCCUAUGAAUCCACAGCAUGUUGUUCUCUCUAUCCUUCAGCUCUAACAUGCACUAGAGAUUAGUUUGUGUCUAUAAAAAGAACUGCAGCUGUUAGUGCUUGUCUACUUACAAGAGGCUUGAAAAGCAUAUAUUAAUUAGGGAGAAUUUGUUUAGGAGCACUUGAAAACUCUUGUGUGUACUUCCCUGUGCAACUAACAACUUCACCUUCCCUUCACUUCUACUGUCACAAACAAAAUCAUUUGUGGAAAAGCCCACAAAACUCAUUACAUCUAAAUCUCUCACUAAAGUCAUCGACACAGUAACCCCAGUGGCAUCUGGAAUAAAUCAUUAUUAGUUCUUAUUUCAUCUCAUCCUAGCAGCUUUAUUUGUGUCCUGUAUUCUCUAUUUGGCAUCCAUUCUUUCCGCUUUGCUGUCUCUUUACACCCCUUAACAGAGAUGACUGAUUGGAUUAAAAUAAUUCAGGACUGAGAUGAUUCAUGUUUCAGUUAAAGUCAACUGUACAGGCUGUUCUGCACUAGCGAGACUGCUUGUCGUUUACCAUGCACUUGGGCAUAUUCCAGUGACAUAGAGGUGUGAAAGGACUGGGGCAAAACUGAGGCACUUCCCUUUGGCCUUUCAUGCUAUAGCAGCUGUUCACAGAGCAGCCUUCUGGCAAAGGGAAUAGCAAGCAGCGCUGUGAGUUAACAGGCUCUUUACCACAAUGGGCUCAAGCUCAAAUUCAGACUUGGGUCACAAGUAAAAAUAUUUGGCCUGAUCUUCCAAGUAAUUCUACAAAAUUGCUGCAGUCCUAUAAAGAAGGUGCCAAGAACCAGUGUAAUAAAAGCUAGUUGCAAGUCAAGUCUGAAGCAGCACCUAAAAAGGCAAUAGCAAGCUGCUAGCCUUUCCAGCUUUCACACUGUCAAGGAUCUUAGUUCCUCUGUUUUGCAGGUUUUAGGCUCAGUCACCAUACUUUUGGGAAUCUUUUUAUCUAGCACUAGACUAGAAAGAAACAUUACAUGGCACUAAGUGUUCACACAUUCUCAUAUAAGGCAGGUACAGAUUGCUAUCAAAGAGCCUGCAAAGCAGAGCUGUAGACAGUUUUACCAGAAUUAUUUUAACAGACAGAAAGGAAAACUCUCCCUACAUUGGUAGCAAAGAGUACUUCCCUUCAAGUCCUAUGUAAAACCAACAGCAAGUCUGACAUCCGGAAAAAAGGCACAUAACAUGGAGAAACUGCACAUGCAUGCUUGUUUUUCUUAGUAUGACUGGUGCCAUGUUUUUACACAGGACGUUCCAGGAAAAGCUACAGCAUAGCCCUCAUCCUACUCUGAUCCCUCAGGGAAAGAUAAUCACAUCUCAGUAACCCAGACAGAGCAGCUGUACGUCUCUGCUCCUGUAACAACUAUUUACACAGGACUCUAAUGAGAGAGGUCCUUUCUCUGCAAAGUAAUGUCAGUCUCAGUUAUUUCAGUGGCUGAGCAACAGAUCUCAAUUCAAACACUUGUGCUUAUAGCCUCGCAGUUGUUAACAUCAUAGGAAAGUGAAGAGUUCCAUGUUAUAAAUAACUUCAUAUAAAAGCAAUCUUAAAAGAAAGAAAUACAUUAUGAGUACUGGCCACACCUAGCAAUCUCAGACAAGGGCCACAAUCCCGUGUAUUGAACAUUUUAUAUUGAACAAAAAGUGGUUAUGAUGCCUUCCUCAUCUUCUAUCAAAUUCACAAUCUAAACACUCAUUUUCAAACUUGCAAAUAGGACAACUCCUAAAUCUUGACUGUGAACUUCGACGUCACUUACAAGGACAGAGAAAUGAGCAGAUGAUCAGUGUAAGCUUAAUAAGCUCAGUACAAUUUCUCAAGAGCAAAUCUAGCCUAAUUAGUCUAAUACAAAGUACAAAAAAAGAUAUGUUUUGUAGAAAAAUGGCUUUGUUACAACUGCCCUGUCAGCAGCAGAACCCUGCUGGAGACAUGACACAGGAGUUCUAUGUACCUGGCUCACAGACCAAAGCAAAUGGUGCAAGAGAUAACAGCACAGGAAGAUGCUAGUACAUUUUCCAAACACUGAUAUCACUUCACCAUGCAUGGAGAUAACAGGAUCUUGUGAUGUUCAACCACAAAUCUGGUCUCACAGUGUUUGGUUGGCAUACAAACUACAAACAUUUUUUGGCAAUGGAAUUGGCUCUCAAGAUUAAAAUUCACCUGAGUGUAAAGAAUAGGAUCAGUGGCUGGGAAAAAUUGAAGGGGAUUCAUUCCUCUUGAUGACAAACUUUUUCCUUACUCUUAAAUUAUUAAACCUGUACAAACAGCAGUACUGCUUCAGAUUCAGCACCAAAAAUACUUUGGACCUCUUUCAGGAAAGCUGUAACCAACACUUGCCAAAGAAGACCUUAGGUAGGACAGCAUUUUUAAGAUCCACCUUCAUUUGGGCUACUAGAAUAAAUACUCAAGCAUAAAACACAGAAAUUCACAGGAAAAAAACACAGCCAGCCAAAUUAGAUCAUCUGAUGCUAACUAGAACUUCUCAGCAAACAAUCUAACAUAACUUGAGCUAGAAGAAACCUCAUGAUGUACCUCUUAUUCCAUCAUUGUCUCAUGUUUGUAUUUAUGGAGUCAUAUGUAGUUUUCUGAUAUUACAGUUUAUCCUGGAGACAGUUACCUUCUCCUGUGUUUCUUCCCCUCCACAAAGGAUCUGCUCUCAUCCAACUUCAACAUUUUACUUUGUCAGAAAUAAUUAGAUUCAGUCACUGAAAACCUGAACUUGACAUAUAUGUAAAAAGUUGCUUAAGGGAACUUUUGCAAAGCAUGCUUUAUCCACAAAGCAAGAACAAAGCUGUUAUUCAUUUCCCUCAAUAUUUAAUUUUCACUGUAGCUUCCACAAACUGACAACAGUUCAGUAACAGACAAGAAUCUGAGACCAUAUCAUUGGAUAGAACAAGUGCUCCUAUGCAAAGUAACAUAGAAGAUGUUUCCUGAAUAGGCUGUAGGACAUUUACAGGCAUGCCUGCAGUCACUAUGUUUUCUGCUGUAUGGAAAAUUAGAACAGAAAACCCACACCCCUUCCACAAGGCAAUAAGCCUGAGGGUUUACACAGAAAGUGACCAUAUAUCUAAUGUAGAGGCACUUCCUUUAAAAGCUCCAGUACUUUAAAGGGUACUACAGUCGCACAGAUUCACCCUUUGGAUUGGUAUAAUCCAUUUUUAUCACAUUUUUGUCAGAUGCCUAAAGAUAGUCCUAUGCAUAAACAUUUACACAACUCCUUAAGAUACAUAACUGAACUGAAAGAGUUGAUAAAUUUCAGUGACUUCCCGUGAUCACCAAAUGUACUUUCAAUAUUUUUCCAGUUUAGUAUUUACUGCUAACUCCAUGCAAUUAUAUAUUAAUAAAUUUCCUAAGUUCAAGUUUUUUUUUUUUAAAGCCAAGGUUAAUACUGACAGAUAAGCUGUCUGCAAACUGUAUUCCUCUCAAGGCUACUCAGCCCUUUGUUAUAACAAACCCUCACAAAGAGGAGAAAGGACAUUCAUGCAACCAUAUACAGAAGCUGGAAGCAGAAGUUCAAAAUCGUGUUUCUGUGGGUUUACCCAUCUUUUGGGUGGCCUUGGGCAAAUCACCAGCUGUUUUGUGUAUCAGCAUUGCUAACUGUAAACUAGAGAUAAUAUCCUCUUCAUAAGGCUGCUCUCUAUUUUUCUAACUUGUUUCAAGCUUCACAUCUGGAAACUACUUUUUUCAACUGCUUCCAGUUCCUCUUUUACCAUAUACUUAACAAAAAAAAAUUCUAACCUAUUCAUUGUGAAGUAAUUACAGAUGAAAGUCAGAGAUUGUACUGAAGUGUCCUUCACCAAGUGUAGAUCAUGCAUGACCAAUCUGGUGGCCUUCUAUAAUAGUAACAGCUUUGGUGGAUGGGGGAAGGGUGAUGGAUGUCAUCUACCUAGACUUCU